AUGAUCUCGCUCCUGACCAUGAUACUUCCCAUGUUGGUGAAGAACACACCGAUGUCCUUUGUGAGCACCGCCUUUGUGGCGCUUCUCUUGACAGUCAAUAUCGUCAUGCAGUUUCAUUUGGUUGUUGGGGCGAGAUCCUCUGCCGCAUUUGCAUCUCCGUUUGGUGUGGUGGCGCCCACAGUCUCGGGGCAAGCACCGUCAUCGUCAUCCUUAUUAUGGGCAGCGCCCAAAGAAGUCUCUGAUGACGGUUUUUGGACCAGACGAUCUUUUUUGGUCUUUAUGACGCCCGCACUGUUUGCUCAGACGGCAAGGGCUGCCGACAAUAGCACGGUCGAUUGGGACGCCUUUGGGGCAUCCUUGCAGCAGUCUACUCCUGCCGUCCUGUCACAGCCUGGUGGCUCGGAUCUUCAAAAGGCACUGCAAGAUUCUUCCAAACGCAAACAAAUUGAUCCACGGACUCAUGGGUAA